AUUGGAUUAGUUAGUUGUGACUGAUGAGAUCAGCAGGGAUCAGCUUGCAGGAUGGGGCUCAGCGGCAGUAGCGGCAGGCUCUUCCCAUCUGGGCUGUCUCUCCCGUACGGAGGAGCUGGGGGGCACAAUCUCUGAACACAAAGCGGCCGGGGAAGGGAUGAGGGGCCGCGGAUUGUUUGCCGGAUGGCUGUUCCGCUCCUUUCUGUGAUCCCACAAGCAGUCGGUGCCUGUAGCGGCGCUGGGGAGAGCAGCCUGGAGUAACUUCUCGUGGGGUCCCACUGGUGCUAAUGAAAGCCCCCCGCUUCUUACUUGCCCCUCACUACAUGUGGGAGCUGUGGGAUUAGCGCUUCUCUUACUCUUCCAUCUCUUGUUCUCUUUGCCUUGGAUUAGACCCGACUCUGUGGCUUUCUAUCCUCCCGGCUGUAUGGAUCCCACCCUGUAAGGUACGUACCGAAGCGAUCCCCUGGGAAACAAUGGGAUGCGUCUGUGGCCGGAUCGCUCACUUCUCAGGAGCAUUUACUCUGAAGACCUGGGCUGAGUGACUUCUGCGCUAAAAGGGUCUUUCAAGACAACAUCUCCUGCAUUUUAAUGAGGUAACAGCAGGAAACUAAGGAACACUUUCCCUUCCCCCCCAUCCCUUUCCCCCCUUAACAUUUUAAGAACCCAAAGCUGAGAAAUGGGUCAGAAGAUCUCAGGGAGUAUAAAGUCUGUGGAUGUUCGGGACCCCCCUUACAGGCCAGUCAAGCGGGAGCUGAGAGGCCCUGACUUUUGCAAACCUGCCCGGUUGGAUAUGCUGUUGGAUAUGCCCACUGUCUCCUUAGAGGUCCAGCAAAAACAUGCUUGGAAUAAUGAGGACCGGUCCUUGAAUAUUUUCGUGAAAGAGGAAGACCGGCUGACGUUCCACAGGCAUCCAGUUGCACAAAGCACAGACUGCAUCAGAGGAAAGGUUGGCUACACAAGGGGCCUUCAUGUUUGGCAGAUCCAUUGGCCUACCAGGCAAAGAGGAACACAUGCUGUUGUUGGGGUAUCCACAGCAGAUGCUCCAUUACAUUCUGUUGGAUAUACUUCACUUGUGGGAAGCAAUAGUGAGUCUUGGGGCUGGGACCUGGGACGGAACAAACUAUAUAACAACAGUAAAAACCAACCAGGAGUAACAUAUCCAGCCUUUUUAGAACCUGAUGAAUCAUUUGUACUCCCAGACUCUUUGCUUGUAGUUUUAGACAUGGACGAGGGGACACUUAGCUUCAUAGUAGAUGGGCAAUACUUAGGAGUUGCCUUCAGAGGACUUAAAGGGAAAAAACUUUAUCCUAUUGUCAGUGCUGUAUGGGGUCACUGUGAAAUUACAAUGCGAUACAUCAACGGACUGGAUCCGGAGCCGCUGCCUUUAAUGGACCUGUGCCGAAGAUCAGUCCGCUUUGCUGUAGGCAGAGACCGUUUGCACCAAAUCGAGUCUUUGCCUUUGCCUCAGGCGCUGAAGAACUAUUUACAGUAUCAGUGAGAUGUUGCAGAUGCUCUUCACCUCAGCCGGACAUCAACAAAAAAAAUGGAAUAAUGCAAAAUGGCAGAUAUUGUUUACAUGGAAACAAAACACCAUUGUGGUGGACACUUAUGCGUUAUUUAAUUUUUAAAAUAUAUAUAUAUAUAUAUUAUAAAUAUAGUUUUGUUUUCUUCUUGGA